AUGACCGAUUCGAAUUCAUUCGUAAGUGAUGUUAAACCAGUUAUUACUCCACAAAUACCCGCACCUCAAUCUUCUUUUCUAACAAUUCCAUAUAAUCCAGCUGCUCAUCCAAGACAAAUUUCAUUAUUAGAUAUCAAUGGUCAACCUAUUCAAUAUACAUUAAUACCAUCCAAUCAAAAUGUUCCAGUACAAAAUACUCCACAUAUGCAAGUAAAUCAUAUGGCACCUGAUGGAAAUGUAUGUUCUAUUUGUGGUAGUGUUGCUGCUGCUAAAUGUUGGUAUGGAAUGACUUCUGGAAGACCUUGUAAUCGUUUAUUAUGUUUAACACAUGUAAUGGAAUUACCAAGUGCUCAUGGUGGAAGAUAUCCACAUUGUCCUGAACAUUAUCAAUAUAUUCAACAAAAUAAAUGUAGUAUUCAGUAA